AUGAGGCCCACCUGUAAAUGCUGCUGCAGGAUCUUGUUCAGGUCUAUCUUGUUCUUUGUUUUUUUAUUGUGCAUCCUCUAUAUCUGCAAAGUGGGCCUGGAUGCGCAGACGUGCGACCUUAGAGUGGUGGACCCCUAUCACAUAAAGAGAGCCCACACAUUUGCCAAGAAUGUGGUGGAAGCAAAAUGUCGGCCAGGCUUUGCCAGAACAGAGAUGAAACGAUUGUUUUCCAACAAGUACAGCAGGGAACUGCUCAGCUUUGUCAAGAAAAACACAUACUUCAAUGAAUCCUUUUACCAGUACGGCCCUCCUUUUGGAUUUCGCCAGUACCUUAAAGAACUCAAUGAGAUCUUGGACAUGAUGUCGGAAGAUGACCUUCCCAAGAAUUUAAAACACAAAAAAUGCAAACGCUGUAUUGUCCUAGGGAGUGGGGGAAUCCUGCAUGGUCUGGAGCUUGGACACAUAGUUGAUCAGUUUGAUCUUGUAAUCAGACUAAACAACGCUCCAGUAGUCGGAUAUGAGCGGGACGUUGGAAAUAAAACCACCAUCAGGAUGACGUAUCCCGAGGGGGCCCCGGUCUCUGAGCAGGAGUAUUUCGGUAACAGCCUGUUCGUCACUGUCCUCUUCAAACACGUGGACUUCCUAUGGCUGCAGGCCAUGCUGAAGAACGAGACGCUGUCUACAUGGAACAGAUUGUUCUUCUGGAAGAGUGUGACGGAAAAACUCCCACUGAAGUCACAUCAGUUACGCAUACUGAAUCCUCUCAUCGUGAAAGAGACGGCAUUGGAUAUCCUGCAGUUUCUUCCUCCCCGGCAGAAAUGGUGGGGCUGGGACAAGAAUGUCCCCACAAUCGGUGCAAUCGCUGUGAUCUUAGCCACACACCUCUGUGAUGAAGUGAGUGUAGCUGGCUUUGGAUAUGACCUCAGUCAGCCGGACAUCCCUCUGCAUUAUUUCGGAAACCUUUGUAUGAACUCCAUGAACAGACAGCCGAUGCAUGACAUCACCAAAGAGAGGAAGCUGCUGCAAAUGUUGGUACGGGAAGGUGUAUUGAAGGACCUUACUGGGGGCAUUCACUGUGACUUCUGCCCCUCCCAUCAGACAGGGAGAGCACUUCAUGUAUGAUGACCUGGUAAUAAGCGGGUGUCUCUUCCACUACCGGUAUACUCUGCCUGCUUCCUGUAGCACAACAUUGU